GCCCGGGAGCGGAGCGGGGACAGCCCGGGAGCGGAGCGCGGGCUCCGGCGGGAGCUCCGCAGCUCAACCCGGCGCCUUUCCGAGGCGCUGCUGCCGCUCCCGGGUUCUCCGUGACUGCGGCUGUACACCCGGCAGAUUACGGUUUUCCUGCUUCACGUUCCUGACCAAAUACCCUCCAACGUGGCCCUGCCACUAUUGCAACAGCCCCUGCCUGCUGCAGCCGCCGGCUUGCGGCGGGGCGCGGUUUAUCCUCUCGGUUACGGUAAAACGCGGCUUCGCUGCACCCCGAGCCGCCCUCCUCCCGGGUGCCCGCGCAGCGAAGCCCGGCUGGGCCACACUCCGCUCCUCUCCGGCGCCGGGUUACGAAACGCGCCGCUUCUGUGGAAGCGGAGCCGCGGGGCUGCUCGCCAGGCUCCGGGCCCUGACUCAGCGGCGAGGGCAGGGGAAGGAGGCGGCCUCAGCGUUGCCCCUCUUCCCGCCUCGGCCGCGUUCGCGGCAGGGGGAACGCAGACAUCCCAAGGCGGCCCCGUCUACCGGCAGCGCGGCCUCACCUGCCGCUGCCCCUGGGGAGGGAGGGGGGCGGCCGGGCGGGGUCCGCCCGGGACACGCCGCGAUGGCCGGGCCAGGUCUCCCCCCACCGCCUCUCCUCUCCGCCGGCGCUUCCUUUUCCGCCGGGCGGGGCGGGGGGCGGUCGCGGCGGCGCCGCUCGCUGAUUGCAGGGCGGGCGCUGCCAGUCCGCCGCCUUCCCCGCGCCAGCCGCGUCCCAGCGCCGGAGCCGCACGGCCCAGCAGCGAGCGCCCAGCCCGGCCCGGCCCCGCUCAGCCGCCCCCCAUGGAGGAGCAGCCCCACCACCACCAUCACCACCAUUACUACUACUACGGCCACCACCACCACCAUUCGCAGAGCGCCUACCUGCCGCCGCCCGACGGCCGAGCCCAGCCCAAGCCGCCGCUCCGACACGAGCACAAGCACGGCGGCCCGCAGCACCAGGAGACGCCGAAGCGGAGAGCAGGCUACGGAGAGCUAAAUGGUAACGCAGGAGAAAGAGAAGUGUCAUUGAAGGGCCUGUGCUCUGAUGAAACGGCCACCCCAGGACCCAGGGUACCCAAUGGCAGCCAGCAGCUCGUAGACACUACGGCGACCCCAAAGCAGACUGUGAAGGCCAAUGCUUUGGGUAAAGCUGGAAUCAAAACCAAGAACUUCAUUCAGAAAAAUAGCAUGGACAAAAAGAAUGAGAAGUCCUACGAAAACAAACACAGAGAAAGCCAGUCCUCAGACAAGCCAGAGGGAGUGUCUAUUCCAAACGGCGUGGUAACCAAUAAUUCUGGCUAUAUCACGAAUGGCUACAUAGGCAAGGGGGCUGAUAACGAUGGUAGCGGCUCUGAGAGUGGAUAUACUACGCCUAAAAAGCGGAAAGGCAGGCGCAACAGUGCCAAGGGUUGUGAGAACUUGAAUCUAGUACAGGACAAAAUAAUGCAACAGGAGGUCAGUGCCCCGACCUUAAAACAGGAACUUGAGAGUUUCAAGCCUGAUUAUAGUGAACAAAAGGGGAACCGAAUUGAGAAUACUAAACCUGUUUGGAAAUAUGAGGCUGGGGCUGGUGGAGCAGGCCGGGGAAAGCCUGGGCUUGGGGAUGUGCAGCGAAAGAACUCUGAUGCCAAACCCGGGAUUAGCAGCAAGAAGUUUGAUGACCGGCCCAAAGGAAAGCACGCAUCGUCGGCCACGUCUAAAGAGGACUCAUGGACCUUAUUUAAACCGCCCCCAGUUUUUCCAGUGGACAAUAGCAGUGCUAAAAUUGUUCCCAAAAUAAGUUAUGCAAGUAAAGUUAAAGAAAACCUCAACAAAGCAGCGCAAACCCCAUCCACGUCGUCUUCGUCAUCUUCAUCGUCUGCCGGGGAAACUCAGGCCCAAACAUCGAGUCGACUGUCCCAAGUCCCCAUGUCUGCUAUGAAAUCUGUUACUUCUGCCAGCUUCUCCAACGGGCCAAUUCUCGCAGGGACCGAUGGAAACGUCUAUUCCCCAGGGACCCAGCCACUGCUCGCAUCUGCUGCUAGUGCCCUACCAUCAACCUCCUCCGAGUCGGGACCCCAGGACACGAGUACAACUUCAACAGCUCUCGAACAAAAGAAACCUAGCCUUUUUAUCUACCCUUCAAAUAUGCAAACUGUGCUUCUGGGUGCAGCGCAAGUCGAUUUCCCAUCACAGACGAAUCAGCAGAAUCUGGGAGAUAUCUUCCAGAAUCAGUGGGGCUUGUCUUUCAUAAAUGAGCCCAGCGCCGGCCCCGAAACUGUUGUGGGGAAAUCUGCGGAUAAUCAGUUAAUGGAAGUGACAUUUCAAGGGGAAUAUCCUGGCACUUUGGUUUCACAGUGUGCUGAAAUCAUUCCCUCAGGAACUGAACAACCUGUGUUUCCCAAGGCUUACGAGCUGGAUAAACGGACUAGCCCUCAAAUUCUUAGUGCUAUUCUUAAGCCUGGGACUGCUGUUGAGGGUGGUGUCUUAGCUUUGGAGUCGCAUCACACAGGUGACCUACAAAAGGCAGACACCAGUAGCCAAGGUGCUUUAGUGUUUCUUUCAAAAGACUAUGAAAUGGAGAAUCCUCUGGCCUCUCCUACGAACAAUUUGCUAGCCUCCGCCAAAGAACAGAGGUACCAGAGAGGCCUAGAAAGGAAAGAUAGCUGGGGUUCUUUUGACCUGAGGGCUGCUAUUCUAUAUCACACUAAAGAAAUGGAAUCGGUUUGGAAUUUGCAGAAGCAAGAUCCCAAAAGGAUAAUCAUUUACGAUGAAGCCAUGGAUCGCCCGGAUCAAUGAAGGUAGCAAGACGAGACUGCCUGUUCUAACCUGUCUGCAGCAUUUGUGCUGUUCGUGGGGGACAAAAGGCUUUUAUGCUCCUUCUAAAUCUUCAGUGCAGCAGAGGAACCAUACCUAGAAUCACAGGAUAAUAUAUACAAAUAUAUAUAUAGUUAUUUAAAAAUGGCAACUGAAAGUAAUUAGACUUCUUAAGGAAUCAAAAAUUUAUUUCAACGAGACUACACACGUGAUUAUUUAAUCUCCGGUACUGAAUAGAUCUUUUUUUUUUUUGUUGGUUUGUUGUUUUUUUUUUCCGUUUUGUUUUCUUUUUGUUUAAAGAGUGAAUGCAAGUGAUUAACGAACACAGACUCAAUUUACAAGCCCGGUUCUAAAGUUCCUGCUGUCGUCUACAUGGGCAACAGCAACCCACUGGAGAGGCAUUUCCACUUGACAAGGUCUCUGUUUCUUGUUCUGUGACUGUAGUGACACACUAAUCACAGGGAAAUCGGGAUGAUUCACCAUCCUCCAUCUCCCCUUCCACCUCCUCUCUUUGUGUGUUUGUUUGGGGUUUAUUCUCUUUCCUGUUUUGUUUUCCAUUGAAUGCUGGAGAAACACCUUGAAGUUUGCAGAGUUUGGUCUUAUUCCAGAGCAUUAUAAUCCGCAUGUUUUGCCAGGAUUAAAGCAGCCAAUCCUAUGCUGGGAUAUUGUCUUAAAGCAUCAUUCUUCUGGGGGAAAGACGGUAAUGCUGCAGUUCUAGGAUGCAUGGUGAAGUCGCACAGUUGACCUGGCUCCGGUUACACAUUGGACUAUUGCAGCUCAAGUGUUAUUUCAUUUUAAAGGAUAACGUGCAGAAAUAAGCAAUGUGUUUAGGCGUUUAAUAUGGAUAAAAAACCCAACGAAAGAACCUGCUGUUCCCACAGUUUAAUGCCAUUGUAAUACUGGGAGCAAAAGAAAUAUCUGCUUUCAACCGUAGGUGCUUCAUAUUUGCUGUGUCUGUCUCCUAACACUAAAUGUGCUAGAUUGUUUUUCCCAUUUUCAUUGGAAAACUGAAGAGGAAUUGAGUUCUGCUGACGUUCACCCUUCUUGAAUUAUUUCUCUUUUCUCUUAAAAAGAAAAAAAAUCAAAAAAAAAAAGGAAAAAAAAGGAAAGGAAAAAAAAAGAAAUGGGAAUUGGAAUCCUUUUCAAUCUGCCCAUAGAACGGCAAUGGCCGGGCUUCCCGCACCCGCCCCUUGGAAACGCUCUUUUAUAUUUUACCGCAGUCUGUGUAUUUCCGGGCUCUGCUUCUAAUGAUCUCUUAAUAAAAGUAUAUUUUAUUACAAAAAGAAAAAAAAUGGAGGACUUAGGAAUUAAAAUAAUAAUUUAAAAAAUUUUUAAAAAUAUAUAGAGAGAUAUAUAUCCCAAGGAGAGGAAGAGCUUCCCGGCAGCGGUAGCGAGGGCCGAGCAGCUCCGGCGCUGUCCCUGCGUCCCGUUGCCGCUCGUGUCACCCGUCCAGACGUCCUGGGGUCGGGUAGGUUUUCUGGGUUUGUUUGGAAGGGUUGGAAGUUCACUGGGUCCGGUGCAAGAGAUGGGUGAAUGAAGCGAAAAUGGGUUUUCCAACCCACCCAAGCUCCACACCCCGGUGCUCAUCCUGAGCCUUUGUGACUGGGUAAUGUAUAUGUGGGCAGUUGGUGUCUCCUAAAUUAAACUGGGCCCUAUGGGGGCAUUACAGGAAGCAGAUAAGCCCAAAACUCUUGCCUACCCCUUGUGCUUAGAUAUAUCCACUUUCUUUUUUUUGUUAACUAGGAGUAUGUAGCAUGCGUUUCUUAAUUGUUUUUAUUGUUUUAAUAAGAUUGUUCCUGAACGAGACGCUUAGGUUCAUGGUGGGACAACGAAACUUCAUUCUGUCCCUUUUUAAGAUGGCUCGCUUUCCGCCCUGCUUAGUUCUAAAAGUUCAACUAUGGAUCAUCUAACUCCAUUUUAUGUAUAAAAUACUAUAUAGUAUAAUGUAGUGUGAUACUAUAUAGUAAUCACGUGUUGUACCAGUCCAGGUUCGGAAAUAUAUGGUUGGCCAGUUGCGAAUAGCUCUGUUUCACCUAUAAACUGUCCCACCGUUACAGGUGCGUGUUCACUUUCAGAUGUGUAACGUGUUUACAGAUGUGCCCGACAUCCAGUCCUCCGGCGUUCCUGUUAUUUUAAUUCUGUCCAGUCUCUCAACCGCUUUGCCAAAAGUCGGAAUCGCCUCCGGUUCUGCCACCCAAGAGGUGUUCCUGAGCUUUAAAGUGUUAACAAACUGGAUGGUGGGUUUGGGAAGAUUAAGGUGGAAGAGAUGUUCUUUUUUUUUUUUUUUUAAUUAUUAGUAUUAUUAUUAUUAUUUUCCAAAAGCUGAAGGCUAAUAGCAAAGUUCCCAGUUUGUUUUACUGGCUUUAAGGCUCUGCUGUGUAUUUAUUUGCCUUGUGUAGUCACUUGUCGCCUUAAGGUCUGGGUUCCAUUAAAAGAAAAAGACUAAAAAAGGAAAAAAAAAAAAAAAAUAUAUAUAUAUAUAUAUAUAUAUAUAUAUAUAUAUAUAUAUAUAUAUAUAAAAUCAAACCCUGUUUUGCUUCGCUGGGGUCCGCGCUGUCCCGUCCCCAGGUCCCCCAGGUCCGCGCUGUCCUGUCCCCGGGUCCCCCGGGUCCGCGCUGUCCCGUCCGUGGGUCCGUGCUCGGCGCUGGCGCGAUGCAGAAGCCGAACAGCAAUAACGCGGCUCGAGCCGGACCCCGCGCCUUUAGGAGGAUCCCAGUCUUGCUGAAUAUUUGCAGAUGCUCAUCUCGGCCUGGUCCUGUCUGUCCGCUAAAUAGCAAAAGAAGUGCUAAAAAAGACGAAAAGGAAAAAAAAAAUAACACAAACCACGGUUCUGAGUGCUGGGGGGUUGGUUUGUCCCCGGUGUUCGUCCCUGCUGCUUUUCCUCACCGCGCCUGGUCCCCAUGCAGAAACACCCCCUCUGCUCUGUGUCUGACCAUCCUCUCUCUCCAGAUGUCUGUCUGUCUGUCCAUGCUGUGUGCAGUUAGGAAUCCGAGCUCCCGUAGCCCUGGCUUGCUGGGUGGUUUUGGGGUAGAGUGUUGCCUGGAGCCGGGAAGAGACUUCCUGGUGUAACUCGCCCUGUUGCUCCCUGCGGUCCUGAAGUCCUCACACAAUUCUUUACCGAGCACUUAUUAAAAAUAUCUUCAGAUUUAAUCUGUUUUCUGAUUAUUUUUGUGUAAACUUAUAAAAAAAAAAAAAAAAAAAAAAAAAAAAAAACAACCUGAAAUUGAGCUGUGACUAAUUUAGCACAUUUAAAUAAUGCUGAGGUGUUACUGAUAAGUCUCAUGUUUUGUUUUUGUUUGACUCAGAGUAUUAGUACUGUAGCAUAAACCAAAUAGAGCCCGGGAGGGGGUGCAGCCGCCCCCCCGGCCCGGUCUGCGCCCCCCGGGGGUGCAUGUGGGGGGCGAGGAGCUCUGGUGCCUCCCCAGCAUCUUCCUGGCCCGAGGAAUGUCUGUGCCAUUGUCUUCAUUACACUGAGUACAGUAAGUUUGAAAACAAACAAAAAAACAACCCUUAAAUACGUGUAGUAUCAGAAAGUGGCACUGAGGGUGAGAUCGUGACCUAUUUUUUUAUUAGCUAUGAAGAUACUAAUUCAGGGUAAGGCUUCUCUCCCGUUUCUGUUCCCGUUGUGGGUCUGGCGAUCCCUUUUCUCCUGUUGGAGGGAGGAUUCCUGCGUGGGCAGGGGCUGUUCUUGCUCCUCUGCUCCUUCCCCAUGGCCCUUCUGUCCCCAGGUCCUGUCCCUUCUCUUUCUACGGGGUCUCGUGCAGCAGAAAAUGGCUUGGGAACCCCCAGCCAGAUCCAUCCAGCACGGGAUCUGCCUUCUCGGUGCGCGGGGAGCGAUUCGCCCGCUCCAAGAGGCGGUUUAAAAGCUGCUCCUGGUGACGGUGCUUUGGGGACCUUCAGCCUCUCUGCUGGUUCCUGCUCCGCCUGCCUGGGCUUGGCACUGCAAUGGCUUUCAAGGUUUGCUUGGAGUUUGGGUUUGGUUCAAACCCACCUCAGCUGUCCGCGAAACCUGUUGUCGAUGUUAGGAAUCUCUCAUCUCUUCGACAAAGCAGGUUUAGCUCCUUUCUGUCACUAACCCGCUUCAAACCGUCGCCCUUUCUGAACUGUAAAUCCUACUGCUUGCCUUUCGUAGCCGCCGUGAACUUCUUUGAAAUGUGGAGAAAACACCCAAUGCCCAUUAGGUUGUGGGUGGGCCGGCUAUUCGGUAGCUGGGAGCGGGUGAGUUGUUGGCUAAACCAAAAGGAAAAUCGGUUCCUGGUUGGAAAAAGAGGUGGAAGUUGUCCUCAGUUGUGUGUAAUUAGUGCUUUUCACCUUCAAGAGAACGUUACCGUAGCACGAUAGCGUCCUUUCCAGAGCGGCCGGUGGUGACUCGGGGAGCGACGGUGUUCCCGGGUGUAUUUCAGGACUGUGCGCGACCGGUAAUUUUCCUGUGCAUCCAGUUUUCGCUCUUGAUUCCACGUUUUCAGUGAAUCGCGAUGGUGUCCGAAGCUUUCAGGAGUCUUGUCCCUGGGAGAUUUUUCUGUCUGUAUGUCCGUAGUGAUUAGUUCUCCUUACAGAGGCUGUUUACAAAGGGAGGUGGUCGGGAGGGGAGAGAACAAGGCUGCGCCUGAUUUAAGCUGCUACACGUUUCACAGCGGUGCGUAAGGCAGGAGCGGGGCUGGAGGAGCGCGAGCGUGAAGUCGGACUCAUUUUAGCUUUGCCCGCUUGUUUUUCAUGUGAAAAUCCCCCCAGCACAAGCAGUUGAGGAGCAGGAACCCGGGCAGAAAACGUGGGGUCUGCGCUGCCUUCCAGUGCCCGAGCUUUAGACGUUUGCACAACCCACGUUGCACCACAGGGCAGGGCUGGCUGCUCCGGGUCCCAAAAGCAACACCAAGGACAGGGACACCUGUUGGGGACGAGAGCCCCGCGGUGGCCUUGGGGACACCCGCUCGGGGUGUCCUGUCACCCCUGGCCUUUCCCAGGGGAUGCUGAGCUGGGUUUAUCUUGACUGUUAAUCCGAAAGCUUCGUGUAAGGUGUCCAGAGCUCUAAAGCCAUUCUGUAAGAUAGCAGUAUCCCUUUUCUACAGCCUUAUUAACGAGUAGAGUAUCUUUAAAUAUAUAUAUAUACAAAAAAACCCUAUUUCAUUUCUUUCUGUGGUAUGAAACUUGUGUACUGCGAACAUACAACAUGUAGGAAAAACACAACUUACAGUUUUCUUAAAAAACAAACAAAACCAACAAAAAAAACCUCCCUGUCUGCUUUCCAUACAGUCUUUCCUCAGGUGCUAAAUAAGGGUUCCAAAAACGGAUACUGCUUUAGGAGUUUCUGCUUUAUUCUUAAAAUACAUAUUUUUUUGCUUAGGUGUUGUAAAGAUAUUUUAACAAGAAUGUUUGGGGUUUUUUUUAAUGUAAAUAAGAUUGUGUCUUUAAUUUUUCGUUUUAUCUCCUUUUUGUCCGUAUGGAAUAGUCUAAUUUUCCUUUUAUCCUUUUGAGAAGGACCCUCUUCCAACCUUCCCUGAAGACAUUUCAUUAAGUGUUGCUGCGUUUAAGGAUGAACCUACAACUGUUCGUUGUCUUGGAUUAAUGCUGCUGCUGCUGCUAUAAGUAACCCUGAAAAUCAAGAAUGUGUGAUGCACUUUUUGUUUUCCUUUUGUUACGUGACCAUAUAGUUCCUCUGCGGAUAGUUGAACCCUCGUGUGACAGCCACUAAAACUGGGGGCAGCGGGGUGGACGAGAGGGGUGACCUGAUUUUGGUGCUGACCUACGGGAAUUUCUAUGCAAACGCAAGCAAAGGAGAACUCUUAACUUGAGAGAACACUGUGCUUUUUCCUUUUAUUAGGGUUUUUUUGUCUUUCUCGCCUUCCUUUUCUCAAGCUGCUAUUGGAAGGGUAGCGCGAAUCCCUGAGGUUUUCAGCUUCUCCUUCCUCAAUGGCCGGUGGUGCAGGAAAGAUGCCCGAGUGGCUUGUAAGGUAGAAAAAUCUCAGUCGGCUAAUUGUCUCGUCUCCGGUUUUAAUAUUGUUUUCUAUUUGAAUCCAUGGAAGGAAAUCGCUCAUCUCUAAAAAAUAAAAGAUCUUUUUAAUGCUUUACUCAAUGUGACGUUAACCAGCAGUAUUAACGGGCUCCUCGCUGCCCAUACGGAGCGGUGGGUGCCCAGAAUUGCAUGUUUUCUGAGGAAAAACCACGUGCACCGCGGGGCUGCUGCAGGUCCAGACCCCCUUGUCCCCGUGGGUCACCCCGGGCCGUGCGCCCCGAACGAGGAGUUUACUGCAGGAAACCAAGGGAAUUUACUUGACUCUUUAGAAAAGAUCCUUUAGGACAAUAAAGUACCUCUGUAAGGUGAGGGAAGAGCAAGGAAAGUCUGAAAUUGUGUAGGAAAAAUGCUUGGGGAUUACAGCUGCCUGGAAAAUAGUGUAUAAAUACUAUAGGCCAGAACUCUGCCUGCUUAAUUAGUUUAUUCAGCAUUGAUUUUUUUAUUAUUAUUAUUUUUUUGCCAGCGUUUGCUCUUCUACACGCACACGAGUGUGUGUACAUCUGACUAAACGUGCCUUGCGUGUGUGGUUAGUUUUGCUGGGGAGAGUCUGUGUGAGCUGCGGAUGCGAAGUGGCGGUCGAGGGGUCGUCACUGUCCCUGUGAUGGUCGAGGGGUUGUCACUAUCCCUGUGACGGUCGAGGGGUCGUUGUCACUGUCCCCGUGACGGUCAAGGGGUCAUUGUCACUGUCCCUGUGACGGUCGAGGGGUCAUCACUGUCCCCAUGGCCCAUCGCAGCUGGGUGAGACCUGGGCCCGAGCCCGUGCAGUGGCCGUCUCACGGUUUGGGGACAAUGUCCUGUGGGGUGGCACCUUUCCCUUUCCUUACACGAGCUGUUUUCUGCAACUUCAGAGGGGAGUCAGGAGGAGAGAAAGAGAAAGAGAAGCUGCUUUGCUGUUCUCCUGCGGGCAAAACCAAGCAUCGCCAUGCUUUGCAAAGCCAGAAUACAUGACGGUUUGGAACCAGCUCUGCUCUGGAAUUGGGGCUCUCCGCAGCACGGGGACCCCGUUACAAGGGGGUUUAUUCCCCCUCCAGGUUGUGGUUCUUGCUACCGUCGGGUUUUGUUUGUAAAGGAGCAGUAAACACGCCUUGCUUCAAGUUAACAAAACAGAAGCGCCUCUUUGCAGUCAGCGACUCAGAACGCGAAGCUGUGCAGUUCUCGUUUCUUCAUCUCUCUCCCCGCUCGCCCCAACGUGUGAUUCCUGUCCCAGUCUUUCUGUACGUCUGCCACUGUAAAUGUGAAAGCUUGCUUGCAUUAUUUUUUAGAAUGCAUUUUGCACACUCGGGUUUCGCUGAAGCUCCGUGAAAAGGUUAGUUUGAAGCAGAUGAAUAAAGCUAUGCACAUGUUUUGAAAGUUUAAUUUGUGUCUCAUUACCAGAAGUGACUUAUCUGCCCUCUUUUGCAUUCCCGUGCUGUCAUUACCUGCAUUAUUUUCACCAUCUCGGAGGGCAUGAUGUAAGGUGACAGUUCUUUGCUGACAGCUGUAGCAGAAAACUGCCACUUCUUAGGUUUUUUUUAGUAGCCUACCUUUCUCCUUUGCUUUCUCUGUCUCUAUAUAGCUAUAUAAAUAUAUAUAUUAUUUUUUUAUUUUAAAAGAGCCUACUUUAGUAAUCGAAUUGGAGGGAGCGGGGCGUGCGGCUUGUGUUUCGGAUCCCUUCGUGCUGUCGGAUGAGCGAGUGCCCCUUGUCCUCGGGUGGUCCCGGCUGGCGAUGGGGAGGGGACGGCGAGGAGCCCGCUGCGGCGUGGGCGAGCCUGAGCCUUCUGAACGUCACGGUUAACCCAGAGCACCCCUGCCGCUGUGUGUCCCCACCGGGAGGCGGGGGGACGGGCUCACCCACCGCUUUACUUUGGUUCUGUUUUCACGCGUUGGGUCGCAGGUGCCACCUUGGGAAACCUGUUGUUGGCCUGGAGCCUUCGUGUGAGAGUCGGGGUUCUGUGCUGCGAGAAGGACGCUGACUUUUCUCCUCAUGUUCCCUUCGCCGUGGCAGAAAUUUGUACUAACUUGACAGCUUUUUUUCAUACAGAACAGGGCUGCUUUUCUAUCUACCAUCACACGUGUACUUAACGCACCUCCAGCGGUUCGCGAGCCUCUGAAGGUCCUCAACUUGUUUACUGGGGGGGUGGAUGCCCCUCUCUCCCCCAUCCCCAGAAUAUUUCAGUGUUAAGGGCGGUGCAAAACACAACCACGAGCUGGGCCUGGAGCCGCCUCCUCUCCCGCCCCCCCCGUCGAUAAGUUCUCAUUUCAUUGGGUUUCCUGGUGUGUAUUAAAAUCGCUGCAAGGGGUUUGUGCUCUACCCGCUCAGGAGCUGAAUUACCUCUGACCCGCGGAGGGGGCAGCCCCUCUUUGACGUCGAUGUCGCGGUGUGCGAGGCCACACGGAUCGGUAAAGGUGGUCUUUGGGUUUUUCUUUAUUAUUUUCUUUAUUUUCCCUCCCCUCCCCGUAUUUCCCAUGAGUUGACGCACCCCGUGUGCCCAGCUGGGAACGGCGGCGCUGUCCCAGCGCUGAGAGGGUGGCUGGAAGGGUUAGUGUAGAACCUGCUGUAGCUGCGUCUGGCGCAGCCCCUUGCGCCGGUCUGGGCGAUGUCACGGACUGUAAGGAUAGGCAAUGUCCAUGAGCUGUAAUGGCAUGAUGUAUCUUUACCAAUGAUGUCAUAUUUCACACUAAAUGUUUAAAAAAAGAAAAAAAAAUACAACUGAAAUUUUGUUUAUUCUGCACCAACAGGUCUUCAAAAUUUAUCCAAAUUUUAUUAUUUUAUCAGGAGAAAAAAAAAAAAGAAAUUUGUGUAGAUGGAAUACGUUAAGACAGACAAUAAGUGAUGUAAAUUGUUGAAUAAAAAUUUUAAAGUUU